UGGACAAAUAUAAAGUGCUCUCUGUUCUCGACCUGAAUUUUUGUUAUUUUUUAUUUCCCGUGUUUAAUUUUAUCUCGAAAACGACGUUGGAAACGAAGAAACCGUAUUUAACUUCGACAGACAUGGUGGUUCGCCGGCCGAACCUUCCAUAGUUGACCAAUCACAUCACCAUGGGUCAACAGAAUUCCAAAAAAUCAGGCAGCAGCUGCGGCUGCGGCGGCUGGGAUCGGCGGCGGCUCGACGAUGCGCCCACUUCCGUGCACAGAUACGUCACAACCAUUACCGACAGAGGCCACGGCGAAUGUAACUGCACAGCGUCCCGGAGUCGCGGUGUGGGCAUGUUCGAGUGGCGACGCCGCGAGUGGCGCUGGCGCAGACCCACUUGCGUGUGCACCGGGUACAGACGCGUGUCUGAUGACAGAUUGGCUACAGUGCUUACUAUAGGCACUCGGGAUUUGACGCGAGACCUGCGCAGGGAACUUGACGCUUUCGUCUUGAAUACAGGUCUUACUCCGAUUUUGAGAGCAGACGGCGACUCAACAAGGGACAUUGGCGACCCGACCGCUGAGGUGUACGUGCUAUCAGUAGCUGCAAGACCAGCUGAAGGCGAAGCUUCACACACUGGCAGCCGCAACGAGCUCACUCAGCAGAAUGAUGGGUCUAUUCGAUUGCAUCCACACUUCCAGGUGGUAUGCGGCGGAGAGCUGCGCGCACUGCUGUUGCGCGCGCCGUCGCUGCCCGCGGCGCCUGCGCAGGCCAUGCCGCCACACGGAAAAGUACACACGCAGGUGGACUACAUCCACUGCCUAGUUCCAGAUCUUCAAGAGAUUACAGCAUGCUCGUAUUAUUGGGGCAAGAUGGACCGGUACGAGGCUGAAAGGCUUCUGGAUAACAAACCAGAAGGCACGUUCCUCCUCCGUGAUUCUGCCCAAGAAGAGCACCUGUUCUCGGUGUCGUUCCGCAAGUACGGGCGGUCGCUGCACGCUCGCAUCGAGCACUACCAGCAUCGAUUCUCGUUCGACUCCCAUGACCCUGCCGUCUUCGCCGCGCCCACAGUCACCGGGCUCAUUGAGCACUACAAGGACCCGGCGUGCGUGAUGUUCUUCGAGCCGAUGCUGACGGCGCCUCUGCCGCGCACGCAGCCCUUCGCGCUGCAGCAGCUCGCCAGGGCCGUCAUCGUCUCGCACACCACCUAUGACGGUGUGGAGAAACUGCCGCUGCCGGCCCGGCUGCGCGCCUACCUGAAGGAGUACCACUACCGGCAGCGCGUGCGCGUGCGCCGCCUGGAGCCCGACCUGUACUCGCCGGCGCACGCCUUGUAGCAGGCGCCCCGGCCCCCCCGGGCCGCCCGCCGCUGCUUCAGCGAGUACGACGCCGUCCAGCCCCGCGCCACCGACCUGUACCUGUCCCUGGGCCUGCGCCUGCCCGCGCAGGUCGACCACUUCCAGGGCACCUUCCGCCACAACAACGACCACCGGCCGGCCCCGGCGAUCGACGCCCGCCUCUCUCGGCGCGCUGGACUUCGCGUCGUUGACACAAACGAAGCCGUAGGCGUUUCUCGUGCACCUCACCAAAAUCUAAGUCCGCCGCUGCGUCCCCUGGGACGUCCCUUCCGCUGUAAAUCGACAGCUCUGAAUAUAUUCGAUCUGCUGGACGCUGAUGGUCCACGUGUAAUUGAAAUUGAAGACGAUCAUCCCGGAUCGAAUGAGAACCGUUCGACAGGACCCGUGCAACCUGCAGAAUCGACUCUGCGACGUUCACAUCCAGAUCAGCGACCGAGAGAGUCCGAUCGAACGGAACCUGAACGAGUAUUUGCGCAUCCUGUUACGGUACCAACGAAUAUAACUUCCCAUCCGGAGUUCCAACCGCGACCACCGCACUUGAACCCUCACUACAUACCCGAACCGAAUUCAAAGCCGAAGUCUGAAUUCAAGUUCACCGGUCCGAUAAUAUCCUUCGAACACGGACCCCGCAUCAUUGACUUCCCAAACUUGAAAGAAUCGCGAACAAGUCAACUGCGUUCCCGACUGUACCUUCAUCGAGCAAAUCUACAACGUUCAAGGUCGUAUCAGCAGCCUGCAGG